UACAUUCAGUCACUUCGUAAUUAUAUUCUUUUUUUAGGCUUUUAUCUUCCAAUGGAAGCGGUAGAUAUAAAAGCCGGUAAUAUCAGAAGGCUCAAAUAAUUUGGUGAAGGAAACGCAUGUUUGGUAUGUCUGUUCACAUGCCCGCCCUACGCAUUGUAAUUUUUGCAGGGAAAAACUUUCAGGAGUAGCCUGGCAUGGAUUGUCUUGCGAAAUAUGUAGGAUGCGAGCCCACAAAAGAUGUGCUUCGAAAAUUGGAAAGUCCUGUAAAUGGAGGUAUGAGUCAUCGAUCCCACCCGAAUUAAAAAUUGUUGACGCUAGUGGACUUCAUCAUAUGCCCCACCAAUGGAUUGAAGGAAAUCUGCCUCUAGGUUGUAAAUGUUUUGUGUGUGAUAAGACUUGUGGAUCUGUUCUUAAAUUACAGGAUUGGCGUUGUAUUUGGUGCGGAACGUUUGUUCAUGAUCAAUGCAAGUCUAGUGUGUCUAAAAUUUGUACAUUAGGAGCGAUUAGUUUAUCAAUUCUACCACCUGUUGCUGUUAAAGAUGUCAGUGAAGUUGGGGAGGCUGAUGUACAUCCAGAGUGUAUUGGUGGUGACCACGGCGGAGGAUCCCCUAUUCUUGUUCUUGUGAACUCUAAGUCAGGCGAAAAUCAAGGAAUGCGCAUUUUAUCAAAGUUUAAAAGGCUGUUAAAUCCUUCUCAAGUUGUUGAUAUUAUUGCUGAUGGACCUGAAAUAGGGUUGAAAUUUUUUCGGCGAUUUGAUUCGUUUCGCGUUCUAGUUUGUGGAGGUGAUGGUACUGUUGGGUGGGUUUUAACGGCGGUUGAUUCGCUUGAAUUACUCUCAAAGUGUCAAAUAGGUGUAUUACCUCUGGGGACGGGAAAUGAUUUGGCGCGGGUGCUGGGUUGGGGACGGGCGUUUGACGACGAGUCCCAGCUUCUUCACGUGAUAGAAAAGUUUGAACGAGCGCACACGAGAAUGCUGGAUAGGCAAGUGGAAAUUUUUUUUUUGGAUUUCUUUUACCAGUUUUCUAACAGUCUGUUUUGUAAAAGAAAACAGGUUAUUCUUUUAAUUUUCACUCGUAUCUUUUUUUCACUUUUAUUUCAGCAAUUAAGGUUCAUAUUGAAUGUUAACAAACAAAUAAUUAUUUUAAAGCUAAAGAAAGUGAACUAUUUUAGAGGCACAGUUCUUUUGAAGAGAGAACAUUUCCGGAAGAAGAGGAGCAAAACAGCACCAGGUGAUGCGAAGAUGUCUGUUUUGUGCGGUAGAGAUGCAGGAGGCGGUUCGCUUUUAUCACUUCAAACACAGAUACCCUUUACAGCAUUUCCGGGAAUCAUUUCUUUGCGCGAUAUCUAUUCUCUGUGUUCGUCUCCACCCAUUUACUCAUAUCUUGCUUUUUUUAGAACAGUUUUCGUAGAAAAAAAGGUUAUGAAUAAUUAUUUUGGAAUAGGACUGGAUGCUAAAAUCGCUCUUGAAUUCCAUAACAAACGUGAAGAGUUACCGGAGAAGGCACGGAGUCGGUCUAAACUGUUUAUGUGGUAUGGUAUGUUAGGUGGAAAAGAGUUAUUGCUCAGAACGUUCAGAAAUCUUGACCAGAGAAUAAGAUUAGAGUGUGAUGGACAAGUUAUGAGGCUUCCACCUUUGCAAGGAGUAGUUAUUUUAAAUAUUCCAAGUUACUCUGGCGGGGCAAAUUUUUGGGGCUCAAGGAAAGAAAGUGGAGAUUGUAGUUUUGCUGCGCAGUCUUUUGAUGAUAGAAUGCUAGAAGUUGUAGCGUUGUUUGGUGUUAUUCACGUGGCUACAAGUCGAGUGCCACGGCUUCCUCUUCAAAAACACCGUAUAGCCCAGUGUCGGCAUGUCAACAUAGUAGUAUCUGGUAGUGAACCUAUACCAGUCCAAGUUGAUGGCGAACCAUGGCUGCAACCUCCAGGCGUAAUAGAGAUUGUUUACAAAAAUAGAGCUCAGAUGCUGGUUCACGAUCCAGUAUUUGAAGCAACUUUAAAGACUUGGCAGGAGCAAAAUAAAGUUUUACCAACUACUCCGACUGCUGUCGUGCAUCCAGUAUUUCCUUCAUUGGAUGUUCCUUCUUUAUUUGUGGAGGCUGCUGCAAGGUUAACUGAUCUUCUUGACCCAGUUAGUUUUUACUUGAAUGAAGCCAGUGAUGAACGAGUCGUCCAGGUGGCUCGCACCAUUCGUGUCCUAAUUCAUGAAAUUCAACCGAAGCUGGCAUUAGCUUUGGUCUCUGAUGAUUUGCCGGGUUCAAAUACUGAUGAUGCUGGGGAAGGUGUGCGGAAUGAGGAGAGUCGGGGAAAACCACGAGUCAGAUCUCGUGUAGCUCAUUGGUUUUGGAGCAAAUGGGGCCGACGGCGAAGAAGAGCUGCAUCAGCUGAUGCAGUUUCUAUCACUAACUGGAACGUUGAUGAAGUAUGUGCGUGGAUGGAUUCCGUUGGUUUCAAGAAAUAUGCCAAUUCGUUUCGCUUGAACAAAAUUGAUGGAAAAGAGUUGUUGAGGUUGCAUUCAUCAGAUCUUAAGCAACUUGGCGUCAGCAAUUUGUCUUUAGCGCAGUUCCAAGUAAGUUUUUUUUCCAAUAUUGUUUUUUACUUCAUUAGUUCUCGACAAGUAUCAGCCGCAGUUGAUGACUUAAAGCGGUUCGCUGGUGGAAAUAGUAAGCCACUUGUUCAAAACAUUCGAAAGGACCCUUCUUCAUGGUCACCGAGAUCUAACAAUAACGAUUCAUCAACAUUUAGCGUCUGA